AUGUCGUCCGCCAUCGGUAGUCACUACGACGUGGAGGCACACCGCCGGCAUCGAUCUACGCUGGCCGUGGGCUUCUCUAGCAAGUCCGUCCACGGCUUCAAUCCAAUAAUCAUCGACUACGCCCGCGAGGUCAUGGACAUCAUUGCCUCCCGUGGCCGCGAUGGAAGGACUGUAGUCCUGGCGCACCAUGCCCAAGCGUACACGAUUGACGUCGUUGCGAAGAUCUCCUUUGGUCAACCGGUGGGCGCGAUGCAUGAAGUCGGUGUACACCCACCAACCGCCCACGCGAUGGAUAACUUUUCGAAUCAUUUCAAUUUCACGAAGCAUUUCCCUUACUGGCAACUCGUCCUCUCCUUCUUGCCGCUGUCAGCGAGCAAGCGAAGUAUGCCGGCUGUGCACUACAUGCAAGAGCUCGGCACCAGGCUCGUCACGGACCUCAUUGACCAGCGAGCAAGGGAAGGCCGGUCGGAUGAGGAAUACCAGGAAGGGACGGGGGCGAUCUUCGAGUGCCUGUUGAAGCCCAAUCCCAAGAAGCAAUUCCCAGCACCCGAUCUGAACGGUCUGGUCCAAGAUGCGUGUGCAUUCCUAGUCGGCGGCAGCGACACAACAGGACUCACUUUGCAGGCCGUGACGCUGUUCGUGCUAAGGAACCCUGCUGUUCACAGCCGACUGCGCACGGAACUGGAUGGCGCCGCGGGAUUCAUCCGAUACGACUUUGACAUGCACCAGGUCUCGAAGCUUCCUUGGCUGACGGCCGUCAUCCGGGAGACCUUGCGCAUCCUGCCACCCACCCCGGGCCCUUUGCCCCGCGAGGUGCCACCAGAGGGCAUCCGUAUCGGAAAGCACUUCCUUCCAGGCGGGACCAUCGUCUCCAGCAACCUGCUCAGCCUGCACUACAAUCCGAGCCUUUUCCCCGACCCGGACAAGUUCAAGCCAGACCGGUGGCUGGGGGAAUCCGGGGACCGCCUCGUAGAGUGGUGGAAUCCAUUCAGUCGGGGGCCGCGUUCGUGUCUCGGACGCCAAGUCGCAUGGCAUGAAUUGUUCGCUUUUCUGGCGCACCUGUUCCUGCGCUUCGAUCUCGAGCUUUUUGAGUCGGACGAGAGUAAUCUAGAGUGGACGGAGCACAUGUUCACCAGAAUCCGUGCCCCCAUUCAAGUCAAGAUCAUGAAGGACCGAUGGGCGUAG